ACUCCACACAGGAAGAUCACACCAUCCCUGAUCAGGACGAUGACCAGAUUUAUAUCAAAGUUGAAAUCAAAGAAGAAGAGACAUAUGAGAUGGGUGAUCAGCCCUGUGUGGAGAAUGCUAUACCUCCAGAGAGCAACACAGAUGGGCCAAAUGUGUGGAAUACUUUUCAACAGCAUUUUAUUUCCUCUCCGAGUGACGUGGAACCAUCUUUGCCUGAUCCUAACCCUGAAAGUUCCAAUGCAGAGAAGUUAACGGAUCUCGCUAAUCCUGGGGUAUCUUCUGAUAAGUCUCAUACUGUUCCAUCAGAUAUCCAACUAGGAUUUCAGAACGAAGGCCAAUCAAAUCCACCUUCCUUUGAUAAUUCAGACUCUGCCACCCAUAAAGGUGGGAAGAUAUUUCCAUGUCCUCACUGUGAAAAAUGUUUUUCAGCAAAAUCAUUUCUUGACAAGCAUCUAAGAGUGCACACUGGGGAACGUCCAUUCUCAUGCCCGGAGUGCGGGAUCAGUUUCAAGUCCAGCUCAAAUCUCUUUAGACAUCAAAGACUUCAUGCUGGAGUGAAGACCUUUUCUUGUUCGGUAUGCGGGAAAUCUUGUGCAGACAAUGCAAACCUUGCCCGCCAUCUACUAAACCACACCGGUGAGAAACCUUUUCCAUGCUCGGAAUGCGGGAAGCGCUUUAAAAGGAAGUCGCAGUUGACUGAGCAUUUUAGGGUUCACACGGGUGAAACUCCUUUCUCGUGUCCAGAGUGUGGAGAAAGUUUUAUGCAGAAGUAUGAUCUCACCGUCCACCAGAAAACCCACACAGAAAAAAUUCCAUACAUAUGUACGGUGUGUGGGAAAGGUUUUACAUGGAAGCAUACGCUCCUCCUACACCAGCGAACCCACACGGGAAAAAUGCUAUACACGUGUACAGAGUGCGGGCAGGGUUUUAUCCGUAAACGCACAUUUGUCAACCACCAGCGAAGCCAUGUGGAUGAACUUCCGAUCUCGUGCCUAGACUGCGGCAAACGCUUCACUCAGAAAUCCACUCUUGCCGAACAUCAAAAACUUCACGUAGAUGAAAGCUCCUUGACAUGUCUGGAGUGCGGCAAAUCUUUUCAAACCAAGUCCGAACUUUACGUACAUCGGAGAGCUCACGUCCGCGAGGAGAUCUUUCCAUGUUCAGAAUGUGAAAAAUCCUUCAAAACAAAGACAGAACUCCUUCUACACCAGAGAGGCCACACUGGUGAGGUCAUCUUCUCUUGCUCGGAAUGCCAGAAAUCCUUCAUAAGAAAAUCGGACCUUGUCAGACACCAAAGAGUCCACACCGGUGAGAAGCCCUUUCUGUGCUUCCAGUGCGGCAAACGUUUCUCACAUAGAGGAGGCCUCAGAGGCCACCUGAAGCUCCACACUGGAGAAAAACCCUUCUCCUGCCCCGAGUGCGGGAAAUGUUUUAGCAGGAAGGACAAUCUAAUUUCCCAUCAGAACACUCACAGGGCAGAGACAGCGUAUUCCUGUGCAGAGUGCGGGAUAGGGCCUGGAAGUCAGGUCUUGUGUUCGCACAGCGGAGCAGCCAUCUUCUUGAAUGGAGAGCCAGAAGUGUUAGUUGACAAACAUCUACCAAGAUAAAUUCCAGAGAGGUUCUCGUUGGAUUGAAUGGACUGACAAAUCUAUCUAAAACAUCUCAUGAGUUGUCCUUACCACAACCCAGCACUUGUAGUAAACUGCCUGCUGCUUGGUUGUUGUCUUCUGUACUUUUUGACUUACACUCAAAUGCUUUAAAUUCAAGACUUUUUGUACCAAUUUUUUUUUUUUAACGCAAGGUUUCAUUUAUAACUGUUUGUUCCCAUACAUUUUUGUUGGUUAUUUUUUUAUAAACUUGUGUAGGAAAUAAAGGAAUUUUCGAAGUCUGGUACACAAGAUCAGAUUUUUGUCAAAAGGGCGUGUGCCUGGCUUGUCUUGCAUACUAACAGCACACAGUUGUCAGCCAACAAAACACGAACGUAGUGACGUACUACGAGGAAUUUCAGCUCUUGAGCGCCACCCUUUGGGCUCCUUCUGCUAAUUUCG